AUGUAUUUGAGGGCCGAUGCGCCGAUGGUUCCUGGACUGCAGACUCCAGCUUUGGUUCCUGGGCCUCAGCCGACCCGGGCACCGAAUCCUGCCAGCUCCGGCGAACCCGCCAGCUCAUACACCAGCUCAAGGCCCGGGUGGCUACCCAGCCUUCUGGAGCGAUUCCCUCCGGCUCCGGCCCCACCACCUCCAAAUGAGAGUACGGCAGAGCGCAUGAUGGCACGGAUGGCCGACAUAGGCAAGGCCCACAUGGCGUUCUAUCCGUGUGGUGGCGAGGAAUGGGAGGAGGACCCGCUCCGCAGCCUCCUGGCGAAGGGCAAGCCGCGGUCCUGCAGGAUGCAGUGCACCUCGCACACAGAGCGUCUCCAACUCGCACUGCUGGACCAACCGCACGGGAUGGGCACAGCUUACCUCAAUGCAGAAGAGAAGUCCUUCCUGAAUGCACUCAACCAGGAUGAGAAGUGCAGGAUGUUCGCCCUCACAGAUGAGGAAAGGGCCUUCCUGGAUGAAGCGAAAGAAGGUGGCGUCAUCACCAUGCCACCUAUGCCAAGCUUGCCAUCCUCGGCAGGGACGCAGAUGUGUCCCUACCCUUUGGCAGAGCCUGUGGAGCACCCGGUGGAGGUAGCUGACAUCCUCAAGGACACUGUGAGCCGGUACUUCGAAUGUCCCGCAUCACUCCUACAGUGGCUUCAGUCAAGCGUGGGUUUCCGAAAUUAG